AUGAAGUUUAUAUCGUUGCUCAAUGUCCUGUCGACAGCCUCCGCCUUCCCUUUUAGUCAAUUCAAUCAAUUCAAACGCAGUGUGAUUACUGACGCUAAUCAAGUUAACGACCAAACCUUUGAUUAUGUUAUAGCCGGUGCUGGUAUUGGCGGUCUAGUUACCGCUAAUCGUUUGACCGAGGACGAAAAUACUCGUGUUUUGGUUAUUGAAGCAGGAGGACAAGGUGAUGAUGUUCGUGACCGUAUCGAUAUUCCUGCAGAAGCCUAUUUAAAUGGUCUCCCUGUCGCAGGCUCCCCUUACGAUUGGGGUAUUUAUACAGAAGCUCAAGAUGAACUUAACGGUAGGAAUUUACAUUGGCCGAGGGGCAAAAUAGUCGGUGGAUCGACUGCCGUAAAUGCGCUUUAUAUGACUCGAUCAAUUAAAGACGAGCACGACGCUUGGGCUGAGCUCGUAGACGAUGAUGGAUGGAACUGGGACAGCUUACUUCCAUACUUCCGUAGAUAUGAAAACUUUUCCCCUCCAGCCUCAGACUUGAAAGAUAAUCUGUCUAUUGAAGUUAAGGAUUCCGCGCAUGGAUAUGAUGGACCUAUCCAGAUAUCUUUUCCACAAUAUAACUAUCCUCAAAACAGCCUUUGGCAGGAAACCUUCAAUAAUCUAGGAGUUGAAUCCGAUUCAGACCCCUUCAGCGGUAAAAAUAUUGGUGGAUAUAUAACGCCAAACUCAAUUGAUCCGGACACUCAAUUGCGCUCAUACGCAGCCAGUGCUUAUCUUUAUCCCGUACAAAACACGCGCUCUAACCUGGUCAUACUUUCUGAUGCUCUGGUGACACGUAUAAACUUUGAUACCUCGAGCUCAAAGCCUGUAGCUAAUGGCUUGACCUUUACUACAAGCGGGAGUAACAAUCAAUUUCAAGUGUAUGCGUCUUCAGAGGUUGUCAUUGCUGGUGGUGCUCUUGGCUCGCCUCAAAUACUUCUUCAGUCUGGUAUUGGACCUAGAGAAAAUUUAGAAAGUCAAGAUGUUGAUGUUGUUGUUGAUCUUCCUGGAGUUGGUGAACACGUUCAAGACCACAUUUCUGCUACCAUCAAUUACGCAACAACUGCGCCCGUAGCUGGUAAUCUCAGUGAUGAAGAAUUAGAUCAUCAGCUGCAGUUAUUUAAAGACGGAAACUUUGCUAGAAGCGUUUAUUCUACCCCAAAUGGAGCUAUUGCGUAUGUUCCAUUAGAUGAUCUUAUGGGCGAUGAUACGGAUUCAUUCCUUGACGCACUUGAAGCUAACAUGACAGAUGCAACUAGUUCUGGAAAUGAGCCGGAACAAGUUAAAUCUGGCUAUCGUGCAACUUACAAAAGCGACUUGGAGAAUGUUUAUAGAGCAGGAAAUGCGGUUGUUGAGAUAUUAAUGAACAACUUGGGCUCAAACUUAGGCUUCCAAUUGGCCAUUCAGCAUCCACUUAGUAGGGGAAAGAUUAGUUUGGGGUCUCAAAAUGCAAGCGAGAAUGCUAAUGUUGAUCCCCGUUACUUAUCUCAUCCUGCUGAUAUUCAAGUACUUCGCAGUGGAUUGAGGUACAUAAGACGACUAGCAUCAACAGAACCUUUAUCCAGCGUCAUUGAAAGUGAAGUGAGCCCAGGCGAAGAUGUAAUGAGUGAUGAAGAUCUCAACGAUUAUAUAAGGAGUAGCGUUGUCUCACAAUAUCAUCCAGCAUCUUCAUGUGCGAUGCUUCCAAGAGAAAAUGGUGGUGUAGUUGACUCUCACUUGCGAGUUUAUGGAGUGGAUAAUCUUCGUGUUAUCGAUAGCUCGACAAUUCCACUACCAAUUGCAGCACAUCACAUGCAAAUCACAUAUGCCUUAUGUGAAAAAGGUGCGGAUCUGAUUAGAGGAUAUGAAAAAGCGUCAGAUUCGCCUUCUGCGACAGAGAGUGAAUCGGGAGGAUCACUUUCAUCCAUAAUAGAUAUAAAACUGCUCAUACUAAUGGUAAUGAUUACCAUUAUGUAUAACGGACUCUACUAA